AAGAUCAGUGGCACUUAAACUUCCCUGGGUUGUCUAAGUGCAUCAGUGACACAAUGAACACCUUCUUCGUUUUCGUCAUCACUCUCCUGCUCCUCCUAUUCACACUGGUAGUACAAGCCCUAAGGCGCAGGACUAACCAAAGCCAGCCGCAGCCGCCAGGGCCUCCCGCUCUCCCCAUCAUCGGCCACCUCUACCUCUUCAAGGGCCCCCUCCAUCGCCGCCUCACACGCCUCGCCACCCGCUAUGGCGCCGUCUUCCGCCUGCGGUUCGGCACCAAGAACGUCGUCGUCGUGUCCUCCGCCCAAGCCGCUGAGGAGUGUCUCGGCGUGCACGACAUCGUGUUUGCCAACCGGCCGCAGCUGCCGACGGGCAAGAUCCUCUCCUACGACUGGAGCACCAUGGGCACCGCCAGCUACGGGGACUACUGGCGCCACAUCCGCCGCAUCGGCGUUACUGAGCUCCUAUCGGCGCACCGGGUGCAGCAGUACGCCGACGUCCACACACGGAUGGCGCGGUCCAUGGCGCGGCGCCUCUACCGCUCGGCUGCCGGUGGCCGCGCGCGGGUUGAGCUCAAGUCACAGCUCUUCGAGAUGCUCAUGAACGUAAUGACGAGCAUGAUUUGCGCGAGGACAUUCUAUGGGACCGAUGGCGAGGAGAUAUUGGAGGUGACAGAAGAGGUCCAGUGGUUUCGGACGAUGGUGGAGGAGACGAUGACACUAAUUGGUGCAUCGACGGUGUGGGACUACAUACCAACACUGGUGCGGUGGCUGGACAUCGGCGGGUUCGGGAGACGGUUGUGGCGGCUACGAGAGAGUAGAACAAAGUUCGUGCAGGGACUUAUCCAGGAUGAGAGAAAUAAGAUGGAGGAGGGCACGACAACAGGGAGGACGAUGAUUGGGGCACUGUUGGCCCUACAACACAAGGACCCAGAGGAUUGCCCAGACCAGCUUAUCCGAGCUUUGUGCAUCAGCGCCCUCGAAGCUGGAUCAUCUACUUCUGCAGAUACAGUUGAGUGGGCAAUGUCCCUCAUGCUGAAUAACCCUAAGGUGAUGGUCAAAGUUCGUGAUGAGAUUGAUUCCUACAUAGGGAAACCAAUACGCCUAAUCGAGGCAGCCGAUCUCCUAAAGUUACAAUACCUUCGUUGCAUAAUCAUGGAGACGCUUCGUCUGCAUCCACCAACACCACUUCUUGUUCCUCAUGAAUCUUCUAUUGACUGCAUCGUCGGUGGAUUUUAUAUUCCCAAGGGGACAAUGCUUCUUGUCAACACAUCUGCAAUACACAGGGAUCCCAAGAUAUGGGAUAAACCAACAAACUUUAUUCCAGAAAGGUUUGAGGGUGAAAAGUGUGAAGGUAAUAUGACUAUGCCAUUUGGUAUGGGCAGGCAACGAUGCCCAGCAGAGAAUUUGGGUAUGCAGAUGGUAGGCCUUGCUCUGGGAACUAUGAUCCAAUGUUUUGAAUGGGAAAGAGUGGGGGAGGAGCUUGUGGACAUGACAGACGGCUUUGGCCUAACUGCUCCGAGGGCAGUGCCCUUGGAGGCCUUCUAUAAACCCCGUCAAUCUAUGAUUACUCUUCUUUCGGAGAUAUAGUAUAUUGUGGAACACAUGGCUGUUCUUUUGUUGCUUUGUGUUGUAUGGUCAUCGUCAGCAAAAUAUUGUGUGGGCAUGUGACAAUAUUAUCCAUGUCUCGAUGUGUAAAAACUAUGAGCUGCAGUUUGCUAGCUAUUCACCACCUGUGGGUGGAGCAUCGACCAUGCACUCCGUUGAUGGUUGGAUGCCACCAUAUAACUUAAAUCUGUGUUCCAUAUAAAGUUGUGCUAUAUGUUUCACAUUUUUAAUUCAGAACAGCUGUGUGUUU